AUGGGCGUGGCACUCUACUUCUCUUAUAUUUUCUUGCGGUGCUCGGUCUCACAAGAGGGGGCACAUCCUGAAGCAGACUGCCAUGUGCCUGGAACGCUGAAGAAAUUCAGUGUGCUAUGCGCGGAGGGCCCUGCAGCCCUCGGCAGCCCUGUCCUCAAACGGUUGCUGGCCCCUGAUCAGAUCAGAUCCGGAGAAGAGAAGAGGAGAGAAGAGGAGAGGAGAGAAGAGGAGAGGAGAGAAGAGGAGAGGAGAGAAGAGGAGAGGAGAGAAGAGGAGAGGAGAGAAGAGGAGAAGAGGAGAGAAGAGGAGAGGAGAGAAGAGGAGAGGAGAGAAGAGGAGAGGAGAGAAGAGGAGAGGAGAGAAGAGGAGAGGAGAGAAGAGGAGAGGAGAGAACGAGAAGUGCCGAUCUACGAAUAAGCUUUCUACCCUCAGCACUAAACCGCUUCCGGCGCACGAAGAUCGCCAAGUUGGACGGACCCUGAGAUGAGGUGAGCCUCCCUCCCUCCUCCCUCGGUUCAUCAAGGACUUUCCCUUCUCUGAUCCAAAACAUUUCCAC